AGGCGGUACCACUAGGCCAACUUCAACAAAAUCGGCAUUAGUGACUGGCGUGACAGCUCGGAGAAAACAUCGACUCGGAUCGGGAUUGACCGCAAUUGUGUCCUCACACAUUUCCCUGCAUAUAUUUAAAUUCUAGUAGUCACGCCCGAAAAAUACAUCUGUACAGGAUAAAUCAUGCUCAACUUUAUUUGGCAAUGGAUCCUGUACCUGAACGAGCCCAUACACGUCGCCAAUAUUCAACGCUAUUUCGGGCUGGAGAGAAAAGAUUCGCUCAUUAAGGAUUCAACUCAGCAACCUCCUUCCUCAAACGGUCAUUCCACGCCCAAUCCAGAAAAAGAACUUGCCACAUCCAGCAGCGAUGGAGAGUCAUCGGAUUCAGAAUUAACACCUCAAAACUAUGUGAUUCACAACUACUACUGGUACUGGCUCUUCAAAUUUGGGACAACCCUGGGAGAAGAGAUCUUCUACGCUUCAGUGUUUCCCUUCUGGUUUUGGAAUAUUGAUGGUGCCGUAGGUAGACGAAUCAUCAAUGUCUGGUCGCUCUCCAUGUUUAUAGGACAAUCGUUGAAGGACAUCAUCUGUUGGCCCAGACCUCAAUGCCCUCCAGUCAUCAGAAUGGAGAAUAAAUGGGCCCUGGAAUACGGCAUGCCUUCAACUCACGCCAUGGUCUCUGUGACGGUGCCUUUUUCUGUCAUCCUCCUUACAGCCAAUCGAUACGAAUAUCCAGUGUAUAUUGGCGUUGCUAUUGCGUUCACCUGGUGUAUCCUGGUCUCAACCAGCCGACUGUACCUGGGAAUGCAUUCCGUUGCCGACAUUCUCGGUGGAUUAGCCCUGGCUUCUUUACUUUUGCCCGUCCUGCUGCCUUUGGUCGACACUCUCGACGCCUUCCUGUUGACACAUCCGGCUGCUCCUGGACUACUAGUCACAACGACCAUAACCCUAAUGUUGGUGUACCCCGGAUCGAAAUUCUCCUCUGCCAAAGAGGACACGGCCGUUAUUUUAGGAUCGUCGAUGGGACUCCAGCUGGGCGGCUGGAUCUCUUUCCAGAUGGGCUGGAUCCGUGGGCCGCCCAUUAAACCGCCUUAUUCCAUCAUCUGGCCGUCGUACGAGAUGUUGGGCCUGUCUCUGCUGCGCACCAUCAUCGGACUGAUUACGGUCGUUGCCACGCGGGCCAUCGCAAAGUCCGUCUCCUACGCGGCCAUGAAAGGAGUGGUCUCUACCCUGCGGAGUAAAGACAAGCUGGCCAAGGAAGACGCCCGCGAUGUGGAGCUAUUCGUCAAACUGGGCGUCAAGUUGAUGACUUACGCCGCCAUCGGCAUCGACGUCGUCUGUCUGGCCCCGGCCGCUUUCCGCUUUCUCAACAUCGAACGGCCGACAUUCCACACGGAAAUUUAGAAAUCCGUCUGACGUUCAGAUCAGACAUUAAUCGUUCAGUAUUUUGAAAAACCUUUGCCUUUGCAAGUAAAAACACGAUACCAAAAGUGCACACACGUUAACGAGUGCCUUCGUUCAAAAAAUGUACAUAAUAAUAGUCGUCGUCGUUAAUUUUGUUUCUUUUUGUAAUUAGAAAAUGUCCUACCCCGUCUGUGUCCAGUAAUCUGUGGGAAUUUAAUUCGUUUCAUUCCAUUACGAUUUCCUCGUUUUGUUUCUUGUUAGAAUUCUGCACAAAUGUUAACUCGUCUUAUCUCGAUUGAACUUAACAAAAUAUUACACAUUCCCAAUGUA